UAAACCCUCAUGUAACACUUAUCUCAUCUUUGUUAUCUUCUGUUCUUCUUCCAAGAAGAUAUGGAGAUCAUUUCCAUUUUGUUUUUUCUACUUGUUUUUAUUGCAAGCGUUGUUCAUAUUUUCUUUUAUUUUCCCACCAAAAAAAUCCAUGCAUGGAUCAAGUCGUUCUUCACCAACGCGUGUCCGAAAGCAAGCAGUACUCUUGCUGCCGCUAGUGCUCGUCAAGUUUUGGAAUCUUCCAAAGAAAGGAAGGGUAGUAGUGGAUAUAAGAAAGGUGAGCUGACGACGGUAUUUGCCACCUUUGACAAGAACGGUGAUGAAUUCAUAACGAAGCAAGAGCUUCGAGAGUCGUUGAAGAACCUUGGUAUCUUGGUUACAGAGAAGGAAGUUGAAGAACUGGUUGCGAAAGUUGAUGCUAAUGGAGAUGGGUCGAUUGACUUUGAUGAGUUCUGCAUGUUGUACGAAGCUGUGAUUGGGCAUCAAGAUCAUGGAGCUUCAGGAGGUAUUGGAGAAGAUGGCAAAGAUGAGGUUUUUGAUGAAGAGGGGAACUUAAAGGAGGCUUUUGAUGUGUUUGAUAAAGAUAAAGAUGGGCUAAUUUCAGUGGAGGAGCUGGGCUUUGUUUUGUCUUCUUUAGGUUUAAAGGAAGGGAAGAAGUCUGAGAAUUGUAAAGAGAUGAUUAGGAGGGUUGACAGUGAUGGAGAUGGUAUGGUUAAUUUUGAUGAGUUCAGGAGGAUGAUGAAGUCUGGAGAAAAGCUUGUUAAAGUCUCUUGAAUCUAAAUGGAUUCUAAGUUCAUCCUUACCAGAUCCAGGUAAUUUGGAGUUCUAAUUUACAUGAAAGAGGAGAAACAAAAUUCAGAUGUCACACAGAUUGUUGAUACGACAAUAAAAGUGCCGUUCACCGUCCAGUUUUAAGCUUCUUCUUAAAAUUGUUUGCCUUGAGUUUCACAUACAUCUUGGAGUACAUUUGAUAUGUUGUAUAAAAUUUUCUCUUUAUUCCUAUUCUUAUAACAGUGUUCCAGACAGUGUUGAGAGU